CUCCUUAGCCUUGGACACUUGCCUUAGCUUACACCAAGAAAAAGAGGUUAUAUAUUAUAUAUCAUAGAGAAGUAGCACAUAGAUAGAUAGAUAGAUCAUCACAAAGAAGCAAGUGAUAGGGAGAGGAAAACGACCGAGAUAUAUACACACAUAAAUACAUACAUAAUUAUAAUUAUUGAGGAGGGAGUGCACAUAAGCUAAGAAUUGAAGAAGAAAGAAGGGAAAAGAAAACAAGGAGACAUGGGAAGACCACCAUGUUGUGAUAAAGAAGGUGUGAAGAAAGGUCCUUGGACUCCUGAAGAAGAUAUCAUUUUGGUCUCUUAUAUCCAAGAACAUGGUCCUGGCAAUUGGAGGGCUGUUCCUACCAACACAGGGUUAUCAAGAUGUAGCAAGAGUUGUAGACUUAGAUGGACUAAUUACUUGAGGCCUGGAAUCAAAAGGGGUAACUUCACUGAACAAGAAGAAAAGAUGAUUAUCCAUCUUCAAGAUCUCUUAGGAAACAGAUGGGCUGCAAUUGCUUCAUACCUACCACAAAGGACGGAUAAUGAUAUAAAGAAUUAUUGGAACACGCAUCUGAAGAAGAAGCUCAAGAAGUUGCAAGCUCCUAGUUCUGGAGUUUGCAACUUCGGCGGAACCGGAACUGGAACCGGAAUUGAAACCGGAACGAAUUAUUCCGGUUCGAUUCCGGUUCGAGGCCAAUGGGAGCGAAGGCUCCAAACCGAUAUCCACAUGGCGAAAAGAGCCCUCAGUGAAGCCCUUUCACCGGAGAACAAUAAUAAUAAUAGUAAUAAUAAUAAUUUUUGUUCUUCAUCUUCAACAAAAGCGAUUACACAAUCAUCAUCUUUGUGCUAUGCUUCAAGUGCUGAGAACAUAGCACGUUUGUUGAAGGGUUGGAUGAAGAAUCCAGGAACAAAUAACAAGUGUUCAAGAACAAACUCUUCAUCUUUGACUACUCAAAACAACAAUUUCUUUGUUGUUAAUGGUGGUGACACAGCUUCAAAGGGAUCAGGAGGAAGUAGUAGCAAUGAUAACAGUGUUGAGUUGUCUGAAACCUUUGAAUCCUUGUUUGGUUUGGAGUCUUUGGAUUACUCAUCAAACGCUACUACUACAACAACUACAACUACCACAACUACUUCAGAUCAUGAUCAUGAUCAUGAUCAGUUUUCUCAUCAAUCUUUGUCUCCUAAUGAUGAGAACAAUGUUUUUCAAGAAAAUGAAAGCAAGCCUGAGAUUAUUGAAGAUGUGAUGCCAUUCUCUUUGCUUGAGAAGUGGCUUCUUGAAGAGGUUGCUUGCCAAGAUCAGAAAGUUAUUACUGCCGAUGCCAAGUUCUUCUAGAACAAUCAAGAAGAUAUAGAAGAAUGUAUGGUUCAACUUUUUGUGACAUAUAAUUAUUAAUUAAUUAUAUAUAUCAUCAUCAGUUCUAGUGAAAUUAAAGCUAGGAGAAGAUGUAAUUUCAUCAAAUCAGCAAAAGUUUGAUGCUAGCUACAACAAGUGUAUAUCUAUCUCACUAGUAACAUUAUAGUAUUUAUCAUAUACUAUAUGUUAUAUAUAUUAUUAAUUAAUGUUAGGUGCAUCAUAUCACUGCAAAAGUUUGCUGCUUCUAUAUAUGUGUAAAGUUGAUGUGAUGAGAUCUUAGUUUCUUUUUUAU